GUUAGCGUCCCUGCCUUCACUCUCACCGAUUCGUAUGAACCAGUAGGCUAAACUGGUUCAUCCCGGUUUACACAGGUGUUGGUUGCGGUCAGCGUGUUGUUAUCGGAGGUCAGUGAGUCUCCAGGUGAAACCCGCACGCCGUCCAGAUGCUUUCCCCAAGCAGGGCAGUCUCCUCCCGGCUCUUCAGGCCAGUCUUGUGGAUCCCUCUCCGGUUGGGUUCUGACCAGAGAGCCGCCAGCACCCUGAAGAAAGAGUUGAUAAAGAAGUAUGAACUGGAGAAAGAUGAGCUCCGCCCCCUCUACAUGGACUUCCAGGCCACCACACCCAUGGACCCUCGGGUGCUGGACGCCAUGUUGCCCUACCAGGUGAAUUACUACGGUAACCCUCACUCCAGAACACAUGCCUAUGGCUGGGAGAGCGAGAGCGCCAUGGAGACGGCCAGGAAGCAGGUGGCUGAUCUGAUUGGAGCAGAUCCAAGAGAGAUCAUCUUUACCAGCGGAGCCACCGAGUCCAACAACAUGGCCAUCAAGGGUGUGGCGAGGUUCUACCAGGCCAAGAAGCGCCACGUGAUCACCACCCAGACAGAACAUAAGUGUGUCCUGGAUUCGUGCCGAGUUCUGGAGGCUGAAGGUUUCAGCAUCACCUAUUUGCCAGUCCAGAAGAACGGACUGGUGGACCUGGAGCUGUUGGAGGCCUCCAUCCGUCCUGACACCUCUCUGCUGUCAGUGAUGACGGUCAACAACGAGAUCGGAGUCAAGCAGCACAUUAAAGAGAUCGGUCGGAUUUGUCGUUCUAAAGGAGUCUUCCUCCACACCGAUGCCGCUCAGGCUGUCGGAAAGAUUCCCAUCAACGUCUCCGACUGGAACGUUGAUCUGAUGUCCAUCAGUGGUCACAAGAUCUAUGGACCCAAAGGUGUGGGCGCUCUGUACGUGCGACGUCGGCCUCGGGUGCGUUUGGAGCCACUGCAGAACGGGGGCGGGCAGGAGAGGGGGCUACGCUCUGGCACUGUACCCACCCCACUGGCUGUUGGACUGGGGGCUGCCUGCAAUAUCGCCCAGCAAGAGAUGGAGUAUGAUCAUCACAGAGUGUCCACACUGGCUAAUCGUCUGGUCCAGAAGAUCAUGGCUGGGAUUCCUGAUGUCAUCAUGAACGGAGAUCCAGAACAACGCUACCCUGGCUGUAUCAACCUAUCCUUUGCGUACGUGGAGGGAGAGAGUCUGUUGAUGGCGCUGAAGGAUGUUGCUCUGUCAUCUGGGAGUGCAUGUACAUCAGCGUCUCUGGAGCCAUCAUACGUCCUCAGAGCGAUCGGAGCAGAUGAAGACCUGGCUCACUCUUCCAUCAGGUUUGGCAUUGGCAGGUUCACCACAGAGGAAGAGGUGGACUACACAGCAGAGAAGUGUAUCCAACAGGUCUCCAGACUCAGAGAGAUGAGUCCUCUGUGGGAGAUGGUUCAAGAAGGCAUCGAUCUGAAGAGCAUCAAGUGGUCGCAGCACUAGACUCCUCCCACUUCCUGUUUACUUCCUGGCUGACAACUAAGACGAUGAAUCCCAGGGAAUUCUGGGAGUAGGCCAGCUUUUCCUUCCUGUAUACAAACACGCACAAACUUCCUGUCUGACUUGAAGUCUGUUUGUAGCUGCGACUCUCUGUCUUUGGAGAAGCUCCUCUAGUUGAUGUGUUGGGAGAUGUUGCUUAGAGUUGACCAACACACGGCAGCGUCUGCUUAUUGCUCUCAUUCUGUUGUAGAUCAGGCUUCUGUUGGCUGAGUGGCUUCUGUGUCUUGAUUGAGAAGUUGUCAGAGGCUCUGACACCUGGCUCCUUUAUUUAGACCCCAUUUUUACACCUGGUAUUAAAAUGCAAUCUGUAUCCAGACAUGUUAUCCGGAUAAAGAAAAACACAUAUUAAUGCAAGGUGUAAAAUGUUUAGUGAUCGGCAUGUGAUCGCUGUUCUGCUGUAAACAGUAGGAGUCAUAGUGACAGAGUACCUACAAGCUGGUACUGCACACUGAAGCAAACUGACACAAUAUUUUUUAUACAAAGAAAGGAAUAACUUUAAGUAUUACAUUUACUGAAUUUAAAAGAGGAGACAAAUAAUUAAGAACUUAUUGGGGACAGCAUUUCACAAAGUUUAUCAAGUGUCCCCUAACUCAACCACUCACAAAAUCCUUAGAUUUUUUGUUAAGGGAGUCUGGGGCUGAUUACUUACUCACAGAUGUGCUAUGGAUGUCCCAAUGAGGAUAACAAGAAUGCAUGAAAAAUACCAGGUGCAAACACAAAGGAAAGAUCGGUAGUAGUAGUAGUAGUAGUAGUAGUAGUGGUGAACCUUGUCUGGGACAUUCUGGCAGAUACCAUGGUGAUUUAUCCUGGUUAUAAGUGAGCCGGUUUCAUGAGUUAAAGGCAAAGGUAAUAGGCUGAAUGGCUCAUCUUGCUCCGUGACACAGGCUCUGGUCAGUGUAUUAAGCAACCACAGGCAGCGACCCAGGUGACAAGAAACAAAAUGGGAACAAUGGGCAGCGUUGCUUCACCAAGGCUGUUGAUGACAACUAAAGGCAGCAGAACAAAGUUCACUGAGUUGAUCUAAUGAUCCACUCUGAGUCAGAACUUUUCACCAGAUGAUUCACAUAUUGUCUCCUGUCCUCUCUGUCUCAGAACUCACUAUUGUCAUUUUAUUUUCUUCCCACCUCAAUUUCAGUAUUUAACAAAGAGCAGCACCAUGUCAGUGUUAGCAGCCAGAGUUUCUUUUGUUUAAGUCUGGAACACUCUACAAGACUGUAGCCUGGAUUUGACCUCAACGGCUAAUUUUCGAGAUGGUGGUGAGUAAAAACAGCUCAGAGCCAGUCUCUCACUUACUGACUGACACUGUGACAUGUCUGAGGCUGUUGAUGGGAAUGUGAAGAUGAUCCUGAACAGUUUGGAUGCUAAAUAUCCUUGCAGUCUGAGAGGAGUUUUAAAGUCUUGUAUUGAGUUCCUGGAUGUAAUCAGCUGAGCCUGUACACGUGAAAUUUACUAGACUCCUGCAUCUACUGUCUUCUACUGUUACUCAACAUAUGCAUUAUUAUCCAAUAAAGCAGUGCUUCAUGAA